UACACCUGCAUCGCUCUACAUUUUCAUAAUUCGAUCACGAGCACAACAAAAUAAAUUUGAUUACAUUGUAAUCUAAACAAUGUUUAAUAUUAUUAUUAAUAUAAUUUAUAAACAUAAUAACACAAAUUUUUAAGUGAUCAUGUCAAAUACUUUUGAAGAUUGCAGCGGCUAUCUUCCUGAUGCCGAAUGGCAAUUUUGGUGUAGGCUUUGUGCUAAGGAGGAUGUACGAAAUAUCAAUAUAUACCCGGAACAAAACAAAACUGAGUUGGCCAUAAACUCCACUCUGAUAGACUUUAUAGCGGAGUUUUUUAAAGUUCAUAUACGACAAAACGAAGAUUUACCACAUUGGCUUUGUGCACAAUGCUUUUCAUCGGUAUCGAGAAGAAAAUAUAUCCAUGUCCACAAUGUGAUCGAAAGUUCCAAACUAAGGAAUGUGUUUUGCGACAUAUAAAGUUUGUACAUGAAGAUAUACGUUCGUUCAUUUGCGAAGAGUGUGGUGAGUGUACACGCACGGAAGCUACACUGCGGGAGCACAUGCUUAUACAUACCGACAAUACACCCUUUGAAUGUGAAAUUUGCAGUAAAGGAUUCAAAAAUCGAGCGCGAUUGAAGAGACAUAUGGAGAUGCACAGCGAUCAUAAACAUAUAUGCAGUGAAUGUGGUUUAGAAUUGAAUUCCCGUGUAACCUGGAAUCGUCAUAUGCUUGUUCAUUCUGAUGAGAUGAGGCAUAAGUGCGAUUAUUGUGGACGCGAAUUCAAACGAGCGAAAACUUUAAAAACUCACUUAUUACUUCAUAGUGGCUUAAAACCCUAUACAUGUGACUUCUGUGACAAAACGUUUGCCAAUGGCUCAAAUUGUCGUACUCAUAAAAAAAAGUCGCAUCCCGAAGAAUUGGCGGCCCUAGAGGCUUCCGGGGAAAAAAAAUUCACCAAAAAUAUCCCUAAAUUAGCGGUUUUAAAGUCAGUUACACGCACAGCUGAGGAUCUACUUCCCGUGGUAUCCAAACAAAGUGGGAAUUUUUCUUUCGGCAGGAAACCGAAAGUCCCAUCUAAUUGUAAAGAUGAAACACAAGAUAUAGAAAAUAAAACAUAAGUGCAUGUUAUAACGAAACUACUUUGCUUAAAAGGUGUAUUAGUUUUAGUCUACAAGUUUUUGGAGUAUCCAAAUAGUUAUACUUGGAUGAAUGCUCAGUGUCGUCAAAACAGAUUGGUAUACAAACGCUAUGGAUUAUCAUCAGCCGUUGAUUUAUUACUAUUAGUGUUAAACUAAAGUUUUAGUUAAUUUUUUAUUUUGUGUCAGUUUUAAGCUUUUGCCAAAAGCGUGUUUAAAGAUUUCAAUAAU